AUGACGUUUUGUAUACAAACCGCCUCAACUUUUGUCACCAGCGCCAAAGACUCGGCCUAUAGUUGGAAUAUAUUACUUAUCACGCCCUUGGUCUUUGUAGUCCGUCCCUCUAUUACCACUUCACUCGCAACGAUGAGGAUAAUUGACGACUCAGUCAUUCCAGGUUCUGUGUAUUUGGUCGAUGUACAGGACAAGACGACAGUCACCCAUGCUGCUGGCGAUAGUACUAUUGUCCUAAGUCCAGCGCCUUCCAACGAUAUCAACGAUCCAUUAAACUGGUCUAAAGGACGAAAACUAUUGCAAGUUAUUUGUGUUAUGAUAUAUACUAGUGCUAUCGGCAUUGGUACCACCGUCCUGUACUCUAUCUUGCAGCCGAUUACAGAUGAUACUGGUAUUCCACUUUCGACUUUGAAUGCUGGGACAGGGUAUACGUUCCUUCUCCUGGGAUGGGGCGCUCUGAUUAACCAACCACUGGCUCUGACGUUUGGUAAACGUGGUAUCUAUUUACUUUCUGUUGUCGGGAACAUUGCAAUGUGUUUAUGGAUACCAUAUAUCAAGACAGAAAGUCAAUGGAUUGCGAGCAAAAUCAUUCAAGGAUAUCUUUGCACGCCCGUUGAAAGUUUAUGUGAAGUUAGCAUCGCAGAUGUCUUCUUCGCUCACGAACGUGGAACUUACAUCGGGAUUUACACCCUAUUUCUGUUCGGGUCAAACUACUUUGCGCCUCUUAUUGCUGGGUUUAUCUAUGAUGGCCAAGGUUGGCACUGGGUCAUGUACUGGGCCGCCAUAAUCAAUGUAAUGGCAUUAAUAGUACUAUUUCUUUUCAUGGAAGAGACCAAUUAUGUCAGAAACAGUAGCGAAGCUUCCGAGGCACAUGAGUUAGACGGCAGCACUGGCAGCAUGGGGAUCGAUGAGGACAAACGGAAUUUAUCGUCUGGUGGACGUGAAACCCCUACAGAGCUUUCUGGAACUCCAAAAACUUUCGUCGAACGCCUGGCUAUAUUUAACCAGCGGUACGCCACCAACAAAAUGCUGGUCGUCAUGAUUUAUCGCCCUCUCAUCAUGCUGCGUUUCCCUGUUGUCUUUUGGGCUGGUUUUCAAUACGGGACGUGUUUAGUGUGGUACAACGUGCUCAACGCUACCGCAUCGCUCAUUCUCAGCGAUGCUCCUUACAACUUUCGUGCGAGCUCAGUCGGUCUAACCUAUAUAGGACCGCUCGUGGGUAUGUUCCUGGGCACGUUAUAUAGUGGUUGGAUUGGUGAUAAAUUUGCUGUUCGACACGCUCGUCGAACAGGUGGUGUACGCGAGCCAGAACACCGUCUAUGGCUUAUGGUCGUAUCACUAUUUCUUUGUCCUAGCUCUCUUAUACUAUGGGGAGUGGGUGCCUCAAGAAAUAUCCAUUGGUCUGGCUUGGUUAUUGGUAUGGGUAUGAUCUCUUGUUCCACGGGUAUUGGUUCUGCGCUUUCGAUAGGAUACGCCCUCGAUUCAUAUAAAGACUUGAGUGGUGAGACCAUGAUGGCAGUGAUCAUAGUUCGAAACACGCUAUCUUUCGUAAUUGGCUAUGGGAUCACACCAUGGCUGCACAUGGGCUAUCAAAAUACUUUCAUUUCGGCAGCCUUUGUUGGGCUUGCCAUUACGAUGACUUUUAUGAUCGUCAUUCGGUGGGGUAAAAGUUGGCGAAUGGCGAGCCGUAAGAUCUAUUGGAGCUAUGUCGCUGCUGGCUCUAGUAUGGCGCAUUAA